CGUGUUUUCGCAAUCAUCAUGUUUUUAGAAAGGUUAGGUUAAACGAGACUAGUGUUAACGCGCGAAGUCUAUAGUUGACACGGGAUAUUUUUAAUUAACAACUAUUUUAAAUAUCUAUUGUUUCUAAAUUGAUGAUACGAAUUUGACAUGUCUGAUUCUGGAAGCAGCCCUGAACGUAGUUCACAUCGAGUUCAUGGUGAUGAAAGUCCUAGAACUGGUUUAGUUACCUCAAGUCCUGGUCGUGAUGAUCUUGCACCAUUUGAAGAUGAAACAGAUGUUCUUCUAGGAAAUGAUCCUAAUGAAGAAGAGGAAGGAGAAGGAGAAGAACUUUUUGGAGAAAAUAUGGAAGAUGAUUAUCGACCAAUUCCUCAUCUCGACACUUAUGAACAAUCUGUUCUUGAUGACCAGGAGCAGAGCGAUCUUGAUGUUGAAACCAGGCUUGAAGCAGAAAGGUUGAUGGAGAAAAGAGACAGAGAUUUAGGGUUAACAACUGGAAGAAUGCGACGUGGCUUGUUAUAUGACGAAAGUGAAGAUGAUGAUGGUGAACCUAGAUCAAGGCGUCGAAGGUUAGCUGAACGUGCUGCAGAAAGGGAAUUUGCUGAUGAUACUGAGAUGAUUGAAAGUAUAGAAAAUUUGGAAGACAUGAAAGGUCAUACUGUGCGUGAAUGGGUUACUCUGACUGCCCCUUCAUUAGAGAUAAAAAAUAGAUUUAAACAAUUUCUUAAAACAUUUUGUGAUGAACACGGAAAUAAUGUAUAUCGUUUAAAAAUAAAGCAAAUGUGUGAAAAUAAUAAACAAAGUCUCAUUGUUGAUUAUAAUAAUUUGGCCAACGAACAUCAAGUAUUAGCAUAUUUUCUUCCGGAGGCUCCAGCUGAAAUGUUAAAAAUAUUUGAUGAAGCUGCAAAAGAAGUAGUACUAUCUAUGUUUAAAAAUUAUGAACGUAUUGCCCCAGAAAUACAUGUUCGAAUUUCAGAGCUACCUCUUAUGGAAGACUUAAGAUCUCUCAGGCAGCUUCAUUUAAACCAGUUGAUCAGAACAUGUGGCGUUGUAACAUGCAGCACUGGUAUUCUUCCUCAACUAAGUAUGGUGAAAUAUGAUUGUGUUAAAUGCAGGUUUAUUCUUGGUCCAUAUUUUCAAGGUCAAAAUCAAGAACUCAAGCCUGGAUCUUGCCCACAGUGUCAGUCAAGAGGACCCUUUGAGAUCAAUAUGGAAGAGACACUUUAUCAAAAUUACCAAAAAAUAAAAAUUCAAGAGAGUCCAUCAAAAGUUGCAGCUGGUCGUUUGCCUAGAUCUAAAGAUGUUGUUUUACUUGCUGAUCUUGUUGAUUCUUGUAAACCAGGAGAUGAAAUUGAAGUCACAGGAAUUUAUCGAAACAACUAUGACGGAUCACUUAAUACUGCAAAUGGUUUUCCAGUGUUUGCUACAGUUAUUGAAGCUAAUUAUAUUACUAAACAAGAUGAUAAAAUGGCUGUAGGAAACUUGACAGAUGAAGAUAUCCGCAUGAUUAUUGCUUUAUCUAAAGAUGAGAGAAUUGGAGAAAGGAUUGUUGCUAGUAUCGCUCCUUCUAUAUAUGGUCAUGAGGAUAUUAAACGUGCCCUUGCUCUAGCACUAUUUGGGGGAGUUGCAAAAGAUCCAGGUGGUAAACAUAAACUUCGAGGAGAUAUAAAUAUUCUUUUGUGUGGUGAUCCAGGAACUGCCAAGUCUCAAUUUCUUAAGUAUGUAGAAAAAACAGCAUUACGACCAGUGUUUACAACAGGACAAGGAGCAAGUGCUGUAGGUUUAACAGCUUACGUGCAACGACAUCCUGUAACUAAAGAAUGGACUUUAGAAGCUGGAGCAUUGGUAUUGGCUGACAGAGGAGUUUGUAUGAUUGAUGAGUUUGAUAAGAUGAAUGACGCUGAUCGUACAAGUAUACAUGAAGCUAUGGAGCAACAGAGUAUUUCAAUAUCAAAAGCUGGUAUUGUCACUUCUCUUCAGGCUCGUUGUAGUAUUAUAGCUGCAGCUAAUCCUAUAGGAGGCAGAUAUGACUCUUCAUUAACAUUUGCUGAAAAUGUUGAUUUAACUGAGCCAAUCUUAUCUCGUUUUGAUAUUUUAUGUGUUGUGCGAGACACUGUUGAUGCAGUUCAAGAUGAGAUGCUAGCCAGAUUUGUUGUUAACAGUCAUGUAAAGCAUCAUCCUGGUUAUUCAGAUGAAUCUGUUGACAAUCAAUUGGCCUCCGUGAAUGAUCCUGGAAUAGAAUUAAUUCCUCAGAGUUUGCUUAAAAAGUAUAUUAUUUAUGCUAAAGAUAAAGUAACACCAAAUCUCCUGAAUAUGGAUCAAGACAAAGUGUCCAAAAUGUUUGCUGCGUUGCGAAAAGAAUCAAUGAUAACAGGAAGUAUUCCUAUCACUGUUCGGCAUAUUGAGUCAAUGAUAAGAAUGUCAGAAGCACAUGCCCGCAUGCAUUUGCGUGAAUAUGUACAUGAGGAUGAUGUUAAUAUGGCCAUUCGUGUAAUGUUAGAAAGCUUUAUUGAUACUCAAAAAUAUUCUGUCAUGAGGAACAUGAGAAAGUCGUUUGCUCAUUAUUUGGCGUUCAAGAAAGAUAAUAACGAACUUCUCAUGUUUGUAUUAAAGCAAUUAGUACGUGACCAAAUUACUUACCAUAAAAAUAGAUAUCGUGGCGAACCAGAAGUUAUAGAAAUUCAGGAAGAUGAGUUUGCCGAUAAGGCUCGACAAAUAAAUAUCCAUAAUUUAGUUAAUCUCUACGAAAGCGAUAUAUUUGCAAACAACCGAUUUAAAUAUGAUAAAGCACGAAAACUCAUUAUCCAAACGUUAUAGGCAAUUUUUACAGUGAUGUUUUGUAGAAAGUAGUUAACCUCAACUUUUUUCAGCAUGUCAGUAAGAAAAUUCAUCAUGUUAUGCAAGUAAAGUAUGAACAAGUAAGCUCAAUCAGAGAGACAGAAAAAAUUUAUUUAACUGUUUUGUACAUAUUAUUAUAUAGAAUUUUAAAGUAUAAAAAAUAUGCUUUAUUUAUCUUUAAAAUUUUUAAACGGUUUAAUGAUUGAAUAAUUAAACGGUUACAUAAAUAAUUAAACGGUUACAUAAAUAAAUACAAAAAGCCA